AUGGCAGACGAUGCUGGUGCCACCUCCAGAACCGAAGAGUCAGGCCUCGAGGCGGAUGAUGAUCUCUUCGAGUAUUUGGAAAUCAAGCGGAAAGAGGUCGCCGCGAUGACUCAGGCUGCUGAAAUUGCCCGCGAGCAGGCCGGCUGCUUCGCGAACUUCGGUUUGAAACGGUUCCAGGAAGUCGGAGCUUUGAAUGGCCAAUGGAUGGCAGGAUCGAGAGCAUGGCUCAAGGCCCAGGCCAGUUCCAAGAGCGUGGACCCUGCUGCAUCGUUGUUGGGAUCUCAGGCUGGCCAUGUGGGCGACGACGGGGAAGGAGCACAGGCCUUUGAUGGUGGUCCAGUGCACGCCUCGACGUUGUCAUUCGAGGACCGGAGACGAUUCGGGUUGGAAGUUACGCCUCCUCCAUCCGAAGCGAUUCCCACUCCUCCUCCCUCGGCCUCUGAAGUACAGGCAGGGGCUUCAGUUUCAAGUCAGAUCGCGUCUUGA